AUGACAAAGAUUUUAGAUGCAAAUCGAUUCAGAACAAAUAACUUUGAGUAUACCAAUGAAUCAGUUAUAGACAAUCGACUGAAAUGUUCAAUAUGUAAAGAAGCCUUUCAAGAUCCAGUCUUUAUAAAAACUUGCCGUCAUGAUUUUUGCAGAACUUGCAUUGUACAAUGGCUCAAAACAAAUCUAAAUUGCCCAAUAUGUCGACGGCCAUGCCGUGUCAAUGAUUUAAAUCCAAAUCAAUCUCGUAUUAUACUUGAUAUGCUUGAUGAUCUUCGUCUCAAGUGUCGUCGAUGUAAUGAAACAAAUAUUCAACCUAGUGACAAGGAAGCUCAUUUGAAACGAUGUCCAAAUGUCUUGGUUAAUUGCUUAGCUUAUGAUCUUAAAUGCAAAUGGGUAGGAAAGCGUAGAGAACUUCAAAAUCAUCUUCAAACGUGUAUUUUUCAACAAUUACGUCCAGUUAUUGAACAACUACGAACAGAAAAUCAACUAAAAUUUGAACAAGUUAAAGCCAAGCUAAAUCACACUCAGCAAAGUCUAAAUGAUCUGCGAGUAGCUUAUGUGCAACAAAAACGUUUCAUUUCUGCAUUUAUUAACAAUGGUAAACCGAUGACAAAUAUCUGUACAGUCUCAUCACCUGACUCUUGUCAAAUCAUGAUGAAUUCUGAAAUAUUACAUCAAGCAUCACACUCUUGUGCGGUAUGUGACCAAAUGGUAAAUUUCGAUGCUAUCGCGUUACAUAAUUGUAUGGGCGGAAUCAUCUGUCGAAGGUGUGUACAUAAAUAUUCUCGACAAGAUCGAAACAAUCAACUCAACAUACAGAAUAGAUCGCGAAGUCUUAGUCGGCCUGUUCAUAAAACAGAUAACUCAGCGCAGGCUGUUGUUAUAACUAAUAUAUUUCCGAUAACACCUCGAAGCACAUUCUCGUGA